GUGACGAGGCAGCGCGGAGCCGCCGCGGGCCGGGCCCAUCCCGCCGCAGCGGCCCCGGGGCCGAGCAGGGGCGAGGCGCGGAGGGAGCGGCGCCGAGCGGACCCCGGAGCGCGGCCAGAAUGGUGCUGGAAGGAAACCCUGAAGUGGGGUCCCCCCGAACCUCUGACCUCCAGCACCCUGGGAACCAGGGCUCUUGCGUCCUCUCUUCUCCUGGUGAAGAUGCACAGCCAGGCGAGGAGCCCAUCAAGUAUGGCGAACUCAUCGUCCUUGGAUGCUGUGAGGAAGGAGGUGAGGAAACCGAGGCUCAGAGAGGGGAAGUGACUGGUCCAAGGGCACACAGCUGCUACAAUGGGUGUCUGUCAAACGGUGACAAGGGCCGCCGGCGAAGCCGUCUGGCACUGAGCCGCCGGCCACAUGCCAACGGAGUAAAGCCAGACGUCAUGCACCAUAUCUCCACACCGCUCGUCUCCAAGGCACUGAGUAACCGGGGCCAGCAUAGCAUCUCGUACACACUGUCCCGGAGCCACUCGGUCAUAGUCGAGUACACACAUGACAGUGACACAGACAUGUUCCAGAUUGGCCGCUCCACGGAGAACAUGAUCGACUUUGUGGUAACAGACACGUCCCCUGGAGGAGGGGCAGCUGAAGGGCCUUCUGCCCAGAGCACCAUCUCCCGCUAUGCCUGCCGUAUCCUGUGUGACCGACGGCCGCCCUAUACUGCCCGCAUUUAUGCCGCUGGCUUUGAUGCCUCCAGCAACAUCUUCCUUGGAGAGCGGGCAGCCAAAUGGCGGACUCCCGACGGCCUGAUGGACGGCUUAACCACCAAUGGGGUCCUGGUGAUGCACCCAGCGGGCGGCUUCUCUGAGGACUCAGCCCCAGGUGUCUGGCGGGAGAUCUCGGUCUGUGGGAACGUCUAUACUCUGAGGGACAGCCGCUCGGCACAGCAGCGGGGGAAGCUGGUGGAAAACGAGUCCAACGUGCUACAGGAUGGCUCCCUCAUUGACCUGUGCGGAGCCACACUGCUGUGGCGCACGCCAGCGGGGCUGCUGCGGGCACCCACACUGAAGCAGCUGGAGGCCCAGCGGCAGGAGGCCAACGCAGCGCGGCCCCAGUGCCCUGUGGGCCUCAGCACUCUGGCCUUCCCCAGUCCUGCCCGUGGCCGCACAGCACCUGACAAGCAGCAGCCCUGGGUCUACGUUCGUUGUGGCCAUGUCCACGGCUACCACGGCUGGGGCUGUCGGCGAGAGCGGGGUCCCCAGGAGCGCGAGUGUCCUCUCUGCCGUCUUGUGGGGCCCUAUGUGCCCCUGUGGCUUGGCCAGGAGGCUGGCCUCUGCCUGGACCCCGGACCACCCAGCCAUGCCUUUGCACCCUGCGGCCACGUCUGCUCUGAGAAGACUGCCCGCUACUGGGCCCAGACACCACUGCCCCAUGGCACCCACGCUUUCCAUGCCGCCUGCCCCUUUUGUGGGGCCUGGCUCACCGGCGAGCAUGGCUGCGUCCGCCUCAUUUUCCAGGGGCCACUGGACUAGGCUCUCCAGGGCCCCCUGCUGCUGCACCCGCCUGCCCACCCAGGUCCCCCACCUUCUGCAGCCAAGAGGGAGCUCUGCAUGUGGGACUCUACCUGCUGGCACGUAGCCACACCAGACGGACGCAUUGGAUGGGCUGUGUCCCUCCCCUUUGAACUCUGGCCCCUGAAGGUGUCUCUGAGAACCCUACUCCAGUCGAAAUGAUGGGGUCCUCAGCAUCAGCUCUGUCCUGGCCUGAUGGAAGGAAGUUCACUCCCAUCCCUGGCCCUUCCUGGGGUGUCCCACAUCAUGCCGCCUACACUGUGCCCCUGGGGGAGUGAAGGGGCCCUGGGCCCCUGACCCCCAGUUUAGGCUGGCUGUGCCCUGAGCCUGCCGACCCAGCCUCAGAUAUUCACCCUGCUGCUGCCCUGGGUCCUCUAUAAACCUUGCUGCUCAGCUGCCCUCAC